AUGUCGGCCCCACACGCAACACUCAGCGCCGCGGCAGACGACCGCAAAGCGCGUCUCGCAAAACUGAAGUCUCUCAAGCGCAAGCAACCCGAGGACGAGAUCGCGCCUCCAGAGUCCGACCGCGUGGCAUCGCCCGCGCCCCAAGCCGGCAUCGCUCCCGGCCCAGAUGCUCAGGAAGAUGAGGGGGAUGUCUCGAGGAAAUACCUGUCUGGGCGCAACUACGACGCGGAGACCAAGGGCCCCAAGCUAGGCUUCGAGGCGCCGCCCACGCUGGGCCCAGACGACGAAACGCUGGAGGAGCAGGCGGCGCAGCUGGAGUUGGAGGUGAAGAGGAAGGCGGCCGAGGACGCGGGUGACGACAAGGGUAUCGACCUGUUCAAGCUGCAGCCCAAGAAGCCGAAUUGGGACCUGAAGAGGGAGCUGGACAAGAAGCUGGAGGUGUUGAACGUCAGGACAGACAAUGCAAUCGCAAGGCUCGUGAGGGAGCGACUACAAGAGAAAAAGGCCGAGGCACAGCACAAGGACGGGAGGCUGGCGGACGGGGAGGCUGUCGCUUCCACAUUGGAAGGCCGGGAGUUGGAGGAAAUUGUGAGGCUAAGGCAGCGGGAGGAAGAGGCAGAGGAGCAGAGGGAGCGGGAAGCUAUCGAGGUAGAGUGA